GGGCCGAGCCGUGCGGGCGGGACUGCCAAGAUGGAGGGCUGGCGCGGAGCUUGGUAUGUGCCAUGUCUAGCUGCCCAUGAGACCCUCCAGGAAUUAUGUAGGAAGGAGAAUCUCACAUGUAAAUCCAUUGGAAUCGCCAACAAGAAUCUAAAGAGUUAUGAGGUGGAAUAUUUGUGUGGCUACAAGGUAGAAGAGGGCACAGAAUACUACCUUGUGAAGUGGAAAGGAUGGCCAGAAUCCACAAAUACUUGGGAACCUUUGGAAAAUCUUAAAUGCCCAUUGCUCCUCCAAAACUUUCAUAAUGAUCAGAAUGAAUAUUUAUCUCGAGCAAAGCAAGGGAAGGCACUAAUAAUGAGAAAACAUGGCAAGGCUUUGAAACCUGCAGUAGCAGAUUACAUUGUAAAGAAAGCUAAACAAAGAGUAGCUCUACAGAGAUGGAAAGAAGAACUCAACAGGAAGAAGAACCAUAAAGGAAUGAUUCUUGUAGAAAACACUGUGGAUCUUGAGGGUCCUCCUUUAGACUUUUACUACAUUAAUGAAUAUAAGCCUGCUCCAGGAAUAAAUGUGAUCAAUGGAAUCACAACUGGCUGUGAAUGCUCUGAUUGCCCUGCUGAGAAAUGUUGUCCCAAGGAGGCUGGAUGUCUUUUGGCUUACAAUAAAUAUAGGCAGUUAAAAAUCCAACCGGGUUUGCCCAUCUAUGAGUGCAACUCAUUCUGUAGAUGUGGUCCUGAUUGUCCUAACAGGAUAGUACAGAAAGGCACACCUUACUCUCUUUGCAUCUUCAGAACUAACAAUGGCCGUGGCUGGGGAGUAAAAACCCUCCAGAAAAUUAAAACAAACAGUUUUGUGAUGGAAUAUGUUGGAGAGGUCAUUACAAGCGAGGAAGCAGAGAGACGAGGCCAACUGUAUGACAACCAAGGAAAUACGUAUUUGUUUGAUCUGGACUAUGACUCGGAUGAAUUUACAGUAGAUGCAGCUCGAUAUGGAAAUGUGUCCCAUUUUGUGAAUCACAGUUGUGAUCCAAAUCUUCAGGUGUUCAAUGUUUUCAUCGAUAACCUUGAUUUGCGUCUUCCUCGGAUAGCACUGUUUUCUACAAGACCUAUCAAGGCUGGAGAGGAGCUCACAUUUGAUUAUCAGAUGAAAGGCUCUAUAGAUCCUAUUUCGGACUCCGCUGAUGCUGUCAGCCCAGCCAGAAAGAGGACCAGAACUGUGUGCAAGUGUGGGGCUGUGUGUUGUAGAGGGUAUCUUAACUGAAUGCUCAGUAUCCAAAGUUGCAGAUAAAUUAUUUUGCCUUUCUAAAUGAUUUCAAGAAGAUUAUUCUAGUUUACAUAUAUACCCAUUGAAGUAUUUUUACAUCUAAGUAAAUCAGUACAGUGGAAAGAAGGCAUUAAAUUUGGGUUUGAAAUGGGCAUUAGCCAAAGAAGGAGAUUUAAUAUUACAACCACCAAAACAUGAAACACUUGACAGCCUGGAUUAAAAACUAGAUGUGCCUGGAACUACUGUCCUGUUGUUUAGGAGCCAAUGAAUGAGUUUGUUCAGAAAACUAUUCUUAAUGUGGACUAAGACUUGAAUAUUGAUUGUGUAUGUGUACAGCUCUAAUCCUGUAAGGGGCUGAGGUGAUGGUGUUCAAUGAAGCUGAAAGACUGAUGACAGGAAAAAAGUCCUAAAACUCAUAGUUGACUAGUUAACUCAUAACAGUUUCCACUUUCCUUUAAAAGGCUUAAAAAUAGCAAUAAAACUUCAGCCCUGAUCCUCCUCCAGGAGGUACUACCAUGAAAUGUUGCACAGGUAUGAAGGUUCAUAGGAAUACACUUGAGUAGGAAAAAAAAA